AGCUUCUUGGAGGGGAGGUUUACCACUACCAUACAAAGUUGAUGAUGAAAGAGCCUCACACAGGUGGCAAAUGGAACUGGCAUCAGGAUUAUGGGUACUGGUACCAGAAUGGCUGUUUAUUUCCGGACAUGGCCACCGUUUUCAUAGCCAUUGACCCAAGUACAAAGUCAAAUGGGUGCUUAAACGUCAUCAAGGGCUCUCACAAGUGUGGCCGUGUCGAACAUAAAAAGGUUGCAGGUCAAACUGGUGCAGACGUUGAACGUGUUAAUCAAAUCAUGAAAUUUCCAGGAAUGGAAUUAACAGAGGU